AUGGCUAUCCUAGGUGACACGGGAAAAGAAUCGACCGGAAAUGUGUUGGAAACACUCGGGCACAAGACAGAAGGCGGUCCUCGUGAUGUACAGGAAGGUGUGAUGGCGGAAAAUGCCGACAACCUCCAACGUCACCUUGGAAACCGUCAGAUCCAGCUCAUUGCCAUCGGUGGCUCCAUCGGAACAGCCCUGUUCGUGAGCAUUGGCUCGGGUCUUUACCAUGGAGGUCCUGGCAGUUUAUUUAUUGCCUUUACCGUCCAGUGUAUCUUUUUGGCCAUGGUGAAUAACUGCCUUGCUGAAAUGACCACUGCCUUCCCUGUCAGUGGUGGUUUCAUUCGCUUGGCGGGAAAAUGGGUCGACGAUGCCCUUGGUUUCAUGGUCGGCUGGAACUUUUUCUUCUAUGAAGCCCUUUUGAUCCCCUUUGAGGUCGCGGCUUUCACACUUGUGUUGUCUUACUGGACUCCAGCGCUCACUGAGCCUGGUCCAAUUGCAGGCGUCUGUGUUGGUGUUGUCUUCGUCUAUGGUUUCCUCAACAUCUUGGCCGUCAAAGCCUACGGUGAAGCCGAAUUCUGGCUGUCCGGUGGAAAGGUCGUGCUGAUCUUCUCCCUGUUCUUCUUCACCUUCAUUACAAUGGUUGGUGGGAACCCCAAGCAUGAUGCCUAUGGUUUCCGCCACUGGAACAACCCCGGCUCUUUCAUGGAGUAUCUGGACACUGGUGCCCUCGGUCGCUUUGAAGGCUUCCUAGGAUCUCUUUGGUCGGCUUGCUUCGCCGUCGUUGGUCCUGAGUAUAUCUCCAUGGUCGCAGCUGAGGCAAAGCGUCCCCGCAUCUAUAUCAAGAACGCCUUCAAGACAGUCUACAUUCGAUUCGGUCUCUUCUUCAUCGGCGGUGCCUUGGCCGUGGGUAUCGUCUGUGCUGCUAAUGAUCCCCAGCUCAAGGCCGUUGUGACGGGCGGUUCUUCAGGUUCUGCUUCAGCAUCGCCAUAUGUUAUUGGCAUGCGAAAUAUGGGCAUUUCUAUCUUCCCAUCGAUCAUCAACGCUCUCUUGCUGACUUCGAUCUUCUCUGCUGGCAAUACCUAUACCUACUGCGCUAUCCGUACCCUGUACGGUUUAGCGCUCGAAGGCCGAGCCCCCAAAAUUCUCACCCACACCACCAGAAACGGCGUACCCAUCUAUUGUUUCGCAUUCGUGAUGAUCUUCCCCAUGCUUUCCUUUUUGCAGUGUUCCAGUAGCUCGUCCAUCGUCAUCACGUGGUUCGCCAAUCUCAUCACUGCUGGAGGUCUCAUCAAUUACAUCGUCAUCAGUCUGACGUACAUCUUCUUCCACCGCGCAUGCAAAGCGCAAGGCGUUGAUCGCAGGUCCUUCUCCUAUUUCGGCUGGCUCCAACCCUACUGCGCUUACAUUGCGUGCGUUUGGAUGAUCAUCGUGACUAUCGUUUACGGCUACCCCGCCUACAAGCCAUGGUCCGUGUCCACCUUCUGGUCAAACUACACUAUGCAAAUCGUCAUUCCUCCUCUCUUCAUUAUCUGGAAAGUCAUCAAGAAAACCAAGUUUGUGAAGGCCAGCGAAGCCGACCUGGUUUGGGAAAGACCCUUGAUUGAUGCGUACGAGGAUAGCUUCCUCGAUCCACCCACUGGCUUCUGGAGAGAAAUGUUGCAGAUGGUCGGCAUUGGCCGGGUCAAAGGAGGAAACGAUAAGCGAGCGCAAUCAGUGUCUCAGCCACACGAGGACGCCGUGGAUGCCGUUGAUGCCGUGGGAAAAUCGGCAUGA